CCAAACCACAGUAGGAAGGCAAGACAGCCGCAUCGUGUCAUUAGAAAUCAAGGCUACUGAGUCAAGAGGGGUGCAGCCUCGGCGCGUGGAGUCACCGUGGGAACCGGAGACUGACAGGCGGACAGGGGAGGGGACUCUGUCCACUCAGAGGCACUCUCACUGUCUCUGCUCUGAAUCAUUAAUUCGGCGUUAUAAAGGAGCGUUAUCAGGCGGCGGAUGGUGCUCGUUCAGCGCUAGGACAGAGCUGACAGUGGUGAUGAUGGAGGGACAGUGCAGCCGCUGUAAGAUCGUGGUGGUCGGUGACACUCAGUGUGGAAAGACGGCGCUGCUGCAUGUGUUCGCCAAGGACAGCUACCCAGAGAAUUACGUGCCCACAGUGUUUGAGAACUACACGGCCAGCUUUGAGAUAGACAAGCACCGCAUCGAGCUGAACAUGUGGGACACAUCAGGGUCCUCGUAUUAUGAUAAUGUACGGCCCCUGGCGUAUCCAGACUGUGAUGCUGUGCUCAUCUGUUUUGAUAUCAGCAGACCAGAGACGCUGGAAAGCAUCCCUAAGAAGUGGCAGGUGGAGGCUCAAGAGUAUUGUCCUAGUGCAAAGUUGGUGCUGGUUGGCUGUAAGUUGGAUAUGAGAACAGAUGUCAGCACCUUACGAGAACUGUCCAAACAGAGACUCAUACCUGUCACUCAUGAACUGGGAAGCUCACGAGCACGCGAGCUGGGCGCAGUUGCAUACGUGGAAUGUUCGUCCCGAAUGUGCGUGAACAGUGUCCGAGACGUCUAAGACAGAUUCUCUGUAUUUAUGAAAGAGUCAUAUUGUCCCAUAUUUGGCCCAUGGGAUUGUACAGCUGUGUGAAUACAUUAUACAGAGGAGUUCUAUUUAUUAACUUCAAGUUUGCUUUUAUUUGUUAUCAUUGUGGUAUUGCUUUGCUGAUCUAAGUGUCACAAACUGUGUAAAGCAGAUGCAAAAAGAAUUAAAAAAGGGUUUGGAUUUUUUUUGUGU